UCUCUCUAUAAUAAAAUCUUCAAGAUUUUGCAAAAUUCGUCACUUACAAUUUCAAUUUUUCAGAUCUCAAACUUUUUGUUCUCUUUUCCGAUUCCAAUCUUCUCUCGUCUGCUUUCCUCAAAGGUUUUUUCAUCACUUUAUGCUUCACAAGCGAGCUAGUGAAGCUAACGAUAAGAACGAUAAUAGCAUCAUCGGUUCCGAUUUAGCAUCAUCUAAGAAACGCCGUAUCGAUAUCACUGAUUCUUCUUCGUCUGAUAAUAAGUCUUCGAUUGUAGCUUCUGGUAGUAGUAGUAGCGGAUUUCACGGCGAUAGCGUCGCUCACCAAAUCGACAUGGCUUUUGGUAAUUCGAACCGUCAGGAGAUUGAUGAAGAUCUGCAUAGUCGGCAGCUUGCCGUCUAUGGUCGUGAGACUAUGAGGCGUCUCUUUGCUUCCAAUGUUCUCAUCUCGGGGAUGCACGGUCUUGGUGCCGAGAUUGCCAAGAAUCUUAUUCUUGCUGGUGUGAAGUCUGUGACCUUGCAUGAUGAAAGAGUUGUAGAGCUAUGGGACUUAUCUAGCAACUUUGUUUUCUUGGAGGAUGAUGUUGGCAAGAAUAGAGCGGAUGCUUCUGUUCAGAAGUUACAGGAUCUUAACAAUGCUGUGGUUGUCUCUAGCUUGACCAAAAGCUUAACUAAAGAGGAUCUUUCUGGUUUCCAGGUUGUUGUUUUCUCUGACAUAAGCAUGGAAAGAGCAAUCGAAUUUGAUGACUAUUGUCACAGCCAUCAGCCUCCUAUCGCUUUUGUCAAGGCUGAUGUCAGGGGCCUUUUCGGCUCUGUCUUUUGUGAUUUUGGGCCUGAAUUUGCGGUUCUUGAUGUUGAUGGAGAAGAACCCCAUACAGGCAUCAUUGCGUCUAUCUCUAAUGAGAACCAGGCAUUUAUUUCCUGUGUUGACGAUGAGAGGCUUGAAUUUGAAGAUGGUGACCUAGUUGUUUUCUCAGAAGUUGAGGGUAUGACUGAAUUGAAUGAUGGGAAACCAAGGAAGAUAAAAAGUGCACGGCCAUAUUCAUUCAUUCUUGAUGAGGACACUUCAAACUAUGGAACAUAUGUGAAGGGUGGUAUUGUCACUCAAGUGAAACAGCCAAAGUUGCUGAAUUUCAAGCCACUGAGGGAAGCGCUUAAAGAUCCAGGGGAUUUUCUAUUUAGUGAUUUCUCUAAGUUUGACCGCCCUCCACUUCUUCACUUAGCAUUCCAGGCACUUGAUCAUUUUAAAGCUGAAGCUGGCAGAUUUCCUGUUGCUGGCUCAGAAGAGGACGCUCAGAAGCUUAUAUCGAUUGCCACAGCCAUCAAUACCGGGCAGGGUGAUUUAAAGGUGGAGAAUGUUGACCAGAAGCUUCUACGACACUUUUCCUUUGGAGCCAAGGCUGUCCUGAAUCCCAUGGCUGCAAUGUUUGGCGGUAUAGUUGGACAGGAGGUUGUUAAAGCUUGCUCUGGAAAAUUUCAUCCUCUCUUCCAGUUUUUCUACUUUGAUUCAGUGGAGUCACUCCCCACUGAACCUCUGGACUCGAGUGACUUUGCACCAAGAAACAGCCGGUAUGAUGCCCAAAUAUCUGUAUUUGGAGCCAAGUUCCAGAAGAAACUUGAAGAUGCUAAAGUUUUCACAGUAGGGUCUGGUGCUCUUGGCUGUGAGUUCUUGAAAAAUAUGGCUCUGAUGGGGGUUUCUUGUGGAAGCCAAGGAAAGCUGACAGUUACAGAUGAUGAUAUAAUCGAGAAGAGUAACCUCAGUCGUCAAUUUCUGUUCCGUGACUGGAACAUCGGACAGGCUAAAUCCACAGUUGCUGCUUCGGCUGCUGCUGCUAUAAAUCCCCGCUUCAACAUUGAGGCCCUGCAAAACCGUGUAGGCGCUGAGACUGAGAAUGUAUUUGACGAUGCCUUCUGGGAGAACUUAACUGUUGUCGUCAAUGCACUGGAUAAUGUCAAUGCGAGGCUCUAUGUUGAUUCGAGGUGCUUGUAUUUCCAGAAGCCUCUCCUUGAGUCUGGAACUCUUGGUGCAAAGUGUAACACACAGAUGGUUAUCCCACAUCUAACUGAAAAUUACGGUGCCUCAAGGGACCCACCAGAGAAACAGGCCCCCAUGUGUACAGUGCAUUCGUUUCCGCAUAACAUUGAUCACUGUUUAACUUGGGCUCGCUCUGAGUUUGAGGGUCUGCUGGAGAAGACUCCCGCUGAAGUGAAUGCAUAUCUCUCUAGCCCUGUUGAGUACACUAACUCAAUGAUGAGUGCUGGUGAUGCUCAGGCGAGGGAAACAUUGGAGAGGAUUGUUGAGUGCCUUGACAAGGAGAAGUGUGAGACCUUCCAAGACUGCUUAACCUGGGCUCGACUGAGGUUUGAGGAUUACUUUGUAAACCGUGUCAAGCAAUUGAUAUUCACAUUUCCUGAAGAUGCUGCGACUAGUACCGGAUCUCCAUUCUGGUCUGCUCCAAAAAGAUUCCCUCGUCCACUCCAGUACUCGUCUUCUGAUCCAAGUCUCCUUAACUUUAUCACAGCAACUGCUAUUUUACGAGCAGAGACAUUUGGGAUCCCAAUACCUGAGUGGACUAAGAACCCAAAGGAAGCAGCCGAAGCUGUGGACAGAGUGAUAGUCCCAGACUUUGAGCCCAGGAAAGAUGUGAGGAUUGUGACUGAUGAGAAAGCUACCAGUUUAACCAGUGCUUCGGUGGACGACGCUGCAGUCAUCAACGAUCUCAUUUCUAAGAUCGAGCAGUGUAGGCGUAACUUGUCUCCAGACUUCAGGAUGAAACCAAUUCAGUUCGAAAAGGAUGAUGAUACAAACUAUCACAUGGACGUGAUAGCGGGACUAGCCAACAUGAGGGCGAGGAAUUACACCAUCCCUGAAGUCGACAAGCUGAAAGCAAAGUUCAUCGCAGGGAGAAUUAUUCCAGCCAUUGCAACUUCAACAGCCAUGGCUACUGGGCUGGUCUGCCUCGAGCUGUACAAGGUCCUUGAUGGAGGACACAAAGUGGAAGACUACAGAAACACGUUUGCCAACCUGGCACUUCCACUCUUCUCCAUGGCUGAACCAGUUCCACCAAAGGUGGUGAAGCACCGUGACAUGGCUUGGACUGUUUGGGACAGAUGGGUUCUCAAGGGAAACCCAACUCUUCGUGAGGUGUUACAGUGGCUGGAGGACAAAGGGCUUAGCGCAUACAGCAUCUCUUGUGGAAGCUGUCUUCUGUUCAACAGUAUGUUCCCAAGGCACAAGGAGAGGAUGGACAAGAAGGUUGUGGAUCUUGCUCGGGAUAUCGCCAAAGUUGAGUUACCGCCUUAUCGCCACCAUCUUGAUGUAGUGGUGGCUUGUGAGGAUGAAGAUGACAAUGAUGUCGAUAUUCCUCUCGUCUCUAUCUACUUCAGGUAGUGUUUCACAUAAAUAAGAAUUACAGAGAAUAUAAAUUGAAGCAAAGAAU